AAUAAAAUUUUUUGAAGUUGGCACAAAUAAUUUGUUUUAAACAUCAAAUAAGACAAGUCGUAAUGGAAGUGUUAGACGUCAGGUGGCGGGUGAGAAUUGAAUCGAUUACCACCGUGGGGACAUGCGCGCGCAUUUCAAACGCAGAAACAUGGCAGAACUAGACAACUUGGAGUAUUACAUCAAAUUCCCGAACCCGAAUUACAAUUACACGCAAACAACGAACGGCGACAGCGAUUUCGUAUUCGUUAUCGACGAAAACAAAGUCCCCGUGAUCCUUUUAUUCGGCUGGGCCGGCUGUCAAGACAAAUAUCUCUCCAAGUAUUCGCAAAUCUACGAGGAGCGAGGUUUAAUCACUCUGCGAUAUACGGCGCCCGUGAAAUGCCUGUUUUGGAAACGUUAUCAAAUGAUACAAAUCGGACAAAAAAUCGUCAAACUACUCAUCGAUUUAAAUUUUGAAAGUCAUCCCAUCGUCGUACAUUGCUUCUCGAAUGGGGGGGCUUUUUUGUAUCAAAAUUUUUCUUCCGCUUUAUCGAAAAGCCCAAAACCGUUACAGAUUAAGGGUGUAAUAGUGGAUUCAGCACCCGGAAAACGUCGUCUUGGAAGUUUAUAUCGAGCAAUUUCGAAUAUAAUCGGAGGAACCUUUUGGUACAACCUUCCAAUGUCGAUUUUAAUAACGAUCGUUUGCUCCAUAAUGUGGAUUUACGAGAUUUUAUCGUCUCUUUUAAAACUGGGGUGCUCCAUCCAAUCGGAUCCGUUCGAAAUAUUGAAAAAAGAAAAAAAUACCUGGCCGCAACAUUUUAUUUACUCAAAAGCCGACGUUUUGAUUCCAUAUCAGGAUAUUGAAUACUUUGCUGAUUAUCGCGAAAACGUUGGGGUUAAUGUGACUCGAUUGUGUUACGAAGAUAGUCCUCACGUUAAACAUUACACUCAUAAUAAAGAAUCUUAUGUGAACAGCGUGUGCAAUUUCAUAAAUAAAUGCUUGAGUAAUGGUAGAAAUUAAUAAAUGAAUAAACUCGGUUAUUAAACGUAAUUGAGGAGUAAAUUAAUGGGAAUUAAAGCACUAAUUAUAAUUAUUAGGGAAUAAAUAUUUCUUCUUUUGCCAAUUCAAGUUGCACAAAAAAGUUGAUUAAGAAGAAAUGCUAAAGCUUGGACCGCUUCGUUCUAUUAAAACAAGUUUGUGGUUAAAAGGAUUAUUAAUAAAUGAAUUAAUUAAAACAACCUAAGCUUACAAUAAAGAAAUGUAUAUUAUUUUUUAAA